CAUUCAACCACAGCGUUGCCCAGCCCAACUGCCUGUAGGGUUUUAGCCUCGCUCUCUCCUUCCUGCCGCGCGCCACCGCACCACGCACCAUGGCCGCCGCCGCCGCCGCGAGAUCCUUCCUCCGAUCCGCACCCGCCACAUCCUCCUCCCUCCGUGGAUCGGCCGCCAGAGCCGCUUCCCGUGCAUGUCCGCCUCCGCUCCCGAGGCGGUUCCCGGCCUCUGCUCCCCGCGUCCUCCUAAGGUCCCCGGUGGAGAUGACCAGCUUCUGCGUGGAGUCGCUGAUGCCCAUGCACAGUGCCACGGCGUCGGCGCUCAUGACGUCUCUCCUCGCUGCCCCGGCUCGCACGGGGUUUGGCUGGCUGUCAGAAGCUGGCAAUGAUGAUGUGUGACAAUUUCUAGGUGGAAUGUAGCAGAUUAUAACCUCCUCACGUCAAACAUACAGACUUGUGAUCAGUGGCAAUGGGCGUCGUCUGGGAUGAAGACAUACUAUUUUUGCCAUCUGCAUUUAUGUUUUAUCUAUGCAAACUAGAAUUUCUGGACUUGGAGCAAAAGUAGUUUCUAUGGUUGUAACUUUUAUGAUGUCAGGAUAAGAGUUUGGGCUUAGACUAUUCGCUUCUAUUUGUAGAUGGAUGAUUUCUUGUUGUCGGAGCUGGUUGUGAUGGUACCUGCUACGGACCUCCCCUGUUGAGUUCAAACUAGUUUUGAUCGCCUUAUUAUCAGGCUGUACUCUGUGAUUCUGCACAAGCGUACUCAGGAUUAUACCUGACGGUGACAAGAUUUAACUGAAUUUCUGGACGUUGUAUGGAUUGGUGUCCAUGGAGAAAUAAUGUUAAAUUUAAAGUCUCCCUGAUUAUACCUGAUCGUGACAAGAUUUAACUGUAUUUGUGGUAAUACUCCUUAUUAUGGUGUCUGCGGAGAAAUGCUGUUAAAUUUGAAAGUUCAUCUCCCAUUUUA